AUGUCGUUCUCAACGAUGCAAGUGAUACGGACUCUGCCUCGCGUUCGACGCUCUACAGCGUCACCAGCGACAUGUGUUCUCAGGCGAAUCGCAUGCUGCCCCACGACGACGAAGACAGCUGUUCGACCCUUCCACACGACACUAGCCGCUCGCAAGUCCCCGUCGACAGAGCUUGUCGAGCCGGGAAGGAAGGAUGUCUCGUCCAAUGAGAAUUCGACCCCACAGGAUAAGCCGAGAGCGGAACAUGCCGUCAUCAGCGCGUUUGGUACGUGGACGAUUGGUUCGACGCUCAUGCCGACAGCAGGCGCUCUGGGGUCGAGCUGAUAAGGAUUUCCGCCUAGUGAUAUAUCCCCGGAUGUUUGCAUGCCCGCGUGUCCGACGUGGUCUCUGACAACGUCUGUUAUGAUAAUGCCCACACAGAUUUGUUUUCCAUCGGUGUCGGGCCGAGCUCCUCCCAUACAGGUGGGUGCAUAGGUUGAUCCUCUUUCGCCCGAUAGGAGCUGACCUGCUCCCCCCACUAAACCAUAUAACCGCUCGCCCCUAACUGCACUGUUGCUCUAUCGGGUCUCAGUUGGACCUAUGCGAGCAGGAAAGAUUUUCGUCGAGGACCUCAAAGAGCUUGGGCUUUUGAAGGAUGUGCACAAGCUCAAGAUCGGGCUGUACGGGUCACUGGCCGCGACGGGCAAAGGUCACAUGACACCGCAGGCCGUUGUCCUCGGUCUCGAAGGCGAGGAUCCGGAAACGAUCGAGUACGUGCUUCGGGGCCGGAGAGCCUGUAACCAGCUCUGACGAUUCUGAUGCUCAUCAUUCGCACCUCCUGAUGGACAGGCCUUCGACGAUCCAAUCGCGGUACGCCUCGAUUUUGAAGACACAUCACUUGACCUUAGCCGGCGAGCACUCCAUCGUCUACGAUCAGGACAAGGAUAUGCUAUGGCGGAAUGAGCCAUUGCCGACCCAUCCCAACGGAAUGAGGUACGCUUCGACUGUCUCGCUUGGAAAUGAAGACUCGGCUAACGCACCGAAAAAUCUUCACGUCGCAGGUUCUCGGUUUAUGCCAAGACAGGCGACUUGCUGGCCGUGAACGAGUACUUUUCAGUUGGUGGUGGUUUCGUUGUUAACGAUCAGACCAAAAGUUGGUCCAAGAGCAUAUGCAAGCGUGGUUGGGAUCAGCCUGACAGCUGACUCUGCUUUCCCUUGCAGUCGACGAGAACCUGUACUAUCGGGCCGUGAAGAAAAAAUCGGCCUCGUCGGCGCGGAGGGAGCAGACCCACGGUCUGGAGACAAACAGCAAGACCCAGGCAUUACCCGCCCCUGGACAAGAGCCAAGUGCCGAAGAGGAUGGAUCGAGACCGACGGGACCUAAGCAGCCACCAUUCUUGUUCAGGAACGGGGCAGAGCUCUUGGCGAUGACGAAGAGACACAACGUCCGUUUUCUCUCUUUCUCUGAGGUCGCAAGUUUCCUCGAUGAGGUGUUAAUUCAUGGCCGUUCCAAUCCAGCUGACCAUCGCUCAACUGGUGUGGGAGAACGAACGGAGCGCAAUGACGAGCGAGGAGAUUUCCGAAGGGCUAAUGAAGGUGCGGCCGAGUAAUUGCGCAAUGUGCCACCUGUGAACUCACACGAAUUUUCUUCCCCGCGCUCAGCUAUGGCGCACAAUGGACGCUUCGAUCGCUCAGGGCGUGGCCUCGACAGAACUCAAGCUGCCGGGAGGACUCGGUGUUCGCCGGAGAGCUCCUGGUAGCUAAGCAUUUUUCCUCCUCAAACGUCUGAGCGAGCCCAUCACUGACGGCCUUCCAUCGAUAACAGGGCUCUACAGACGUCUUUUCAAAGGCUUCUACCCUUCCCUAUCCCCAUCCGAGCCUUCCCAAUCCGCCCUGCCACCAGCAGCUCCUUCCUCGACUCUUACCAUGGCCUCCGGGUUCAAUUCGGAACCGCCGCCUGAAGCCAUCACUCGACUACCGUCCGGCUCGAUCCGGAGGACACCGUUAGUCAUCGGCUCGUUCGAACAUGAAUUGGCGCCCAUCCCGUUCAAGAAGGCUGUGUUCCCCGGGAUCGAUUUCUUGAGCUGUUACGCGAUUGCUGGUGAGGACCGUGAUGUCAUGGAAGGUCAAGGAAACGCUGCGAAGUGCUGACAUUUUGCUCUUCGUGGUCCGAACAGUCAAUGAGACCAACGCAAGUGGUGGUAGAGUGGUUACCAGUCCGACAUUGGUAAGCCAUUUGGGCCUUUCUGAGAACUGCUCCCUAGAAAUCAUGAUACUGAUGUCCAAGUUUGGUCGCGGUGCCACCAGGGUGCCGCUGGAGUGAUCCCAGCCGUUGGCAAAUACAUUGUCGAAUUCAUCUCGGACGACCCCGAAGGAGAUAUCAAGACCUUCCUGCUGACGGCCGCGGCAGUGGGGAUGCUGUACAAGCGAGGAGCAACCAUUUCAGCCGCGGAAGGAGGAUGCGUGAGUCUGACUGACACCCCGGCAUCACGGCAGUGAGCGUCUUCGCUAAUGGCAAUUAUCGCAUACUCUGUAACCUACGUGAGCAGAUGGCCGAAGUUGGCGUUGCGAGUUCAAUGGCGGCCGCUGGGUUUACAGCUUGCAUGGGAGGUCAGUGAUCACCGCGUGUCGAAAAAUUCUCGAAGCCCGUCUCAGGACCUGAUAAUCCUCAAUCAAACUGGACCGCCGUCAGGCUCACCUCAACAAAUUCUCCAAGCCGCCGAAAUCGGGAUCGAACACUCCUUGGGUCUCACCUGUGACCCUCACGAAGGGUUGGUCCAGGUGCCCUGCAUCGAACGCAACUCGAUAGGUGCUGUCAAAGCCGUCGCGGCUGCGCAGUUGGCGUUGGCUUCGGACGGGAGACAUUCGGUCUCGUUGGAUGAAGCGAUUGAAGCGAUGGUGAGUGCUACCUUCCUCAUAGCCCUGUAUUCAUUGAGACUAAUAACGAUCGUGUAUAUUUAUUCAUUCAGCGGGUAACAGCAAGAGAUAUGGUAAAUAGCCUCCCGCUGGCCGGAUUCCUGGCGUGCUUAGUUGAUGGGUUUUACUCGUCUCCCGCAGCACACACACUACAAGGAGACAUCGAUGUCGGGACUAGCCGUAGGUCGCGCUGUUCUAGCCCAGUGUGAAGACAAUCAUCUGAUCGGGGACUUCUCUCACACGCAGACCUCUGUUCGGAUUCCUCUCUCCUCGCCGGCUUGCUAA